GUUGAGAUGAGCAGCGGGCAGCUGCUGAAGCAGCUGAAGCUGAUGGGGCUGAAGUUCCGACAGCUGACGGAGGGGCAGGUGACCCAGCUGCGCUCGCUGCACACCCGCUACCGCUCCGACCCGGAUGCGCUGCUCAUGAUCGCCGCGCAGCUGCCCGGCGGGUGGACCAGCAAGGACGUGAAGCGGCUGAUGAGGAAGCAUGGGCUCACGGGGGCCACUCGUCGGGGCCGCGGUGCACACGACGACUCCGAUGACGGCAGUGGCAGCGGCAGCGAUGAGGGUGAUGAGGAGGAGGAGGGCGAGGAGGGUGAGGAGGCCCCCGCUGCUGACCCCGCGGAGGUUGCCGCUCUGGACGAGGAGGAGCUGGGGGUGCUGUGGGAGCAGUUCGGGGGGCAGGCGGAGGCGGUGGAGCAGAUCGCCGCCGGCCUGGUCAGCCCCUCCUCUGCCGCCGCGGUGGCUGCCAGGCUGCGGCUCCUGGGCCUCCUGCCGCCCCUCGAGAAGAAGAAGAAGAAGGAGAAGGCCAAGAAGGACAGCACCAACAAGGGGAAGGACAGGAAGGAGGCCGGCAAGAAGGGC